AGAAUCGAACGAACUUGAACUAGAGACGUGUCGCUGAUAAACAAAAUAAUUAUGUGUCUGUUAACGCGAUUAGACGCCAUUUAGCAUACGCGUACGUUGCAUAGUGGUGUGAUACGUCAGCGAGGGUGUUAAUUGAACCCGAAUUAACGCGUCUUUUGCACAGCGAGACGAAAAUUUCCCACUUUCGAAUCGUCAGCCGAUGUGAGGCGGUCAAGUUCGCACUGCGGCUGCGCACAUUGGGGACGGUUAUAGAUCUCUGGCGCUUUGGAACCGGCGCAUUACGACACUACGAGUUGUUGAAGUUGGCACAUCGGGCACGAAUUUUAGACAAAUAGUCAUCGCCCACAUUCCAUUCACUUUGUAGGACAAGAUAGAAUACAUACGGUCAUCAUGAAGCGUUUUCUCGGGAAUUAUUUGAUUAAUGGGAGGAUGGCAUGUGCCAGGACGAAUGGAUUAUCUUUCCGGGAGCAUGUUGCUUCCUUACACACAAUUCACAACAAGGAGAUGUUUGAUGCUUCCAAUAAGAAACGAGCACUAAGACGCCGUUAUUCGUUUAUACACGAUCCGAAUUAUAUGUAUUUGUCAGCCGAACAGGAACAACCUGAAGACACGCUUUUCGAAAUGUUUAAAAACAAAGAAACAGGGCUUCUUUCAAUGGGCAAGUUCCUAGCAGCAUUGAAAACCACGGGACUCAAAAAAGUUGAUCCAAGAUUAAAGGAAAUGAUGGAGAAUUUGAGAAAAGUACAAAAAAGCACCAAACCUGAUGGACAUUCAAUAGAUACACAAAAAUUAGAUUUACCCACAUUCCGAAGCAUUGUUUCACAAAAUAUUGGAAUUAUAUCGAGCUUUCGAAAUCAGUUCAUAAUUCCAGAGUUUCAAGCGUUCAGUAAAGAAAUCGAAGAGAUUUACUGGAAGUGUAAAGAUAAUACCAAUGGGAAUGUGGCUGCAUAUAUCCCACAGUUGGCGCGCAUGAGCCCAAAUUAUUGGGGCGUGAGCGUGUGCACGGUGGACGGGCAGAAGUUCUCCAUUGGUGACGUAAAUGUGCCUUUUACCCUUCAAUCGUGUAGCAAACCUCUAACGUAUGCCAUAGCUUUAGAUCAACUGGGCGCUGAUACAGUGCACUCCUAUGUCGGACAGGAGCCCAGCGGGCGCAAUUUUAAUGAACUCAUCCUUGAUCAUAACAAAAAACCUCAUAAUCCGAUGAUUAACGCCGGUGCUAUUUUGGUUUGUGCUCUGUUGAAAACCCUGGUACGACCUGAAAUGACUCUUGCUGAAAAGUUUGAUUUUACUAUGAAUUAUUUUGAGAGAUUGGCAGGACAUGAAGAUCUCGGGUUUAAUAACGCUGUGUUUUUGUCUGAACGUGAAGCAGCUGAUAGAAACUACGCGCUUGGGUUUUACAUGCGUGAGCAUAAAUGUUACCCGGAAAAGACAAGCUUCCGGGAGUCUAUGGACUUUUAUUUUCAAUGUUGUUCAAUGGAAGCCAACUGUGAUAUCGUCUCUGUAAUGGCGGCGACGUUAGCCAAUGGUGGCAUAUGCCCACUGACAGAAGAAAAGGUCCUCAGUCCGGAAAGCGUCCGAGAUGUCCUGUCUUUAAUGCACAGUUGUGGCAUGUAUGAUUAUUCUGGUCAAUUUGCGUUCAAAGUGGGUUUACCAGCCAAAUCAGGUGUUUGUGGUGGUAUGUUGGUAGUCAUCCCGAAUGUAAUGGGUUUCUGCACGUGGUCACCGCCAUUAGACGCACUGGGCAACAGCUGUCGAGGUGUCCAAUUCUGUGAAGAACUUGUUAAAAAGUUCAACUUUCAUCGUUACGACAGUCUCACACAUAACAAUAAAAUUGAUCCACGCAGACAUAAAUUCGAAACAAAGGGUUUAAAUAUUGUAAAUUUAUUGUUUUGUGCUGCGAGUGGUGAUAUCACAGCACUGAGACGGCAUAAACUAUCAGGGAUGGAUAUGACUUUGGCGGAUUACGAUGGCAGGACAGCGUUGCAUCUUGCAGCAGCUGAAGGACAUGUUGAUUCUGUGGAAUUCCUGUUGAAUGAUUGUGGCGUAGCGUAUAAUGUCCGCGAUCGAUGGGGAAAUACUCCACUGGAUGAAGCUACCUCAUUCGGACAUAUAACUGUUAUCGAUUUAUUGAAGAACUGGGGUGAAGAGUUGUCGAAAAAGCAAGAGGAAGGCGGUUCCAGUACACAUAUUCCUCCCCAUGCAGCAUAAGAUCAAAAACAAUAAUCUCAAUUCAAUUUAGAAGCAAUCUAGAGCAAUUUGUAUAAAGUAAAGUAAAGUUAUAUCAGUAUUA